AUGAAGAAGCUGCGUACUUUCACUAUUUCCUUUUGGCUCCUGAAGUUUUCUCUCAUCUUGUGCCAUUUAACUGAACCCAUUUGUUUUUGGAGGAUAAAGAAUAAUGAAGAUAAUGAUGGAUAUUUAAGAAGUGACUGUAAUUAUUUACUUUGGACAUUUGAGGAAACUACAGAAAUCAAUUUUUAUAAUAUUGUUGAUUUUAGAAUACCUGCAAGAAGAUAUGAGUUUUUUCUGGUAUUGUUUUUUGCUACUGAUGAAAUCAACAAGAAUCCUUUUCUUUUACCCAACAUGUCUUUGAUAGUCUGGCUUUUUGGUGGUCAGUGUGAAGAUGAAUGGGGAGUUCUGGAUAAAAAUUAUUCACAAAAAAAUAUUAAUGUGAAAUUUAUUAAUUAUGACUGUUUAUCACCAAACUGUUACAUAGACCUUACAGGACCAUCAUGGAAAACAUCGUUAAAACUGUCAAUUCAGUCUAGGACACCAAAGGUUUUCUUUGGACCAUUUAAUCCUAAAAUGAGUGACCAUGACCAGUUUCCCUAUGUCCAUCAGGUAGCCACCAAGGACACACACUUGUCCCAUGCCAUGGUCGCCUUGAUGCUUCAUUUUAGAUGGACGUGGAUAGGACUGGUCAUCUCAGAUGAUGACCAAGGUAUUCAGUUUCUAUCAGACUUGAGAGAAGAAAUGCAAAGACAUGGAAUCUGUUUAGCUUUUGUUAAUAUGAUCCCAGAAAACGUGCAGUUAUACAUGACAAGGGCUACGACAUAUGACAAACAAAUUAUGGAAUCAACAGCAAAGGUUGCUAUCAUUUAUGGUGAAAUGAACUCUACCCUACAAGUCAGCUUUAGAAGAUGGGAAGAUUUAGGCGCAAGGAUAAUCUGGAUCACAACCUCACAAUGGGAUGUCAUCACAAAUAAAAAUGAUUUUAGCCUUGAUUUCUUUCACGGGACUGUCACUUUUGAACACCACCACAGUGAGAUUGCUAAAUUUAAGAAUUUUAUGCAAACAAUGAAUACUGACAAAUACCCAGUAAACCUUUCUCAGUCUAUACUGGCCUGGAAUUACUUUAAUUGUUCAACCUCAAUGAACAGCUAUAGCAAAAUGGAUCAUCUUACAUUCAACACCACAUUGGAAUGGACAGCACUGCACAAAUAUGACAUGGUCUUAAGUGAGGAAGGCUACAAUUUGUAUAAUGCUGUGUAUGCUGUAGCCCACACCUACCAUGAACUCAUUCUUCUACAAGUAGAAUCUCAGCAAACGGAAGUACCCAAAGGAACAUUCACUGACUGUCAGCAGGUGUCUUCCAUGCUGAAAUCCAGGAUAUUUACUAACCCUGUUGGAGAGCUGGUGAACAUGAAGCGUAGGGAAAAUCAGUGUGCAGAUUAUGACAUUUUCAUCAUUUGGAAUUUUCCAAAAGGGUUUGGAUUAAAAGUGAAAAUAGGAAGCUAUUUGCACUGUUACCCAUGGAGCCAGCAACUUCAUAUAUCUGAAGAUUUGGACUGGGCCACAGGAGGAACAUCGCCUCAGGUUCCCUCUUCCAUGUGUAGUGUGACAUGUACUGCUGGAUUCAGGAAAAUUCAUCAGAAUGAAACAUCAGACUGCUGCUUUGAUUGUGAUCAGUGCCCAGAAAGUGAGGUUUCCAAUGAAACAG